GCAUAAAUGACCGACAUAUUCCGAAAGAUCGCUGUGCUUUGCUUUGUGUGCAUUGGCCUGACUUAUGGAUGCGAUUGCUUACUGCAAACUGUUUUACACACGGGAGGAUAUUUUAGAAUUUUGGAAAUCGGAAUUUGAUUUCAAGUAUAGUUUGCACUUUUUUCUAGGGAACUGUAUUUGUGCAUACGGUUGCUGCCUCUUCUGUUCGGUAUUCUCUGCGUAUGGUAUUUCCCGUUUCAGAUAAGAUGAUGCCAUCGAUCUAAAAUCAGCAAUUCAAUUGGGAUUUGCUGGUCUUCUGUGUUUUGGUGGCGCAUCGAGAACCAAAUCCGUAACUAUAGCUGGCGUUCUUUGACUUCGUCAUUGUCUUUUGUUUGGACAUACCUGCUCGUCCAGAAAAUGUCAAUGACAAGCGAAGAGGUUAAUCUUCUGAUCUAUCAGUAUUUGAUCGAAUCUGGAUUUACGCACACAGCUUUUAAUUUUGUGCAUGAGAGCCGCGCGAGCCAAACCAGUAUUAAUACCCAGUAUAUGUCCCCGGGAGCUCUGAUUAAAAUCAUUCAGAAAGGAAUACAGUUUGUUGAAUGCGAAAUCGCGGUGGCGACGAAUACGAAUGCUGCUACCUUUGAAGAGGAUCAGUUAUCGCUGAUAGAAGCCGUAUCUCCCGUGUUGGUUGCCAACCGCCAGAAGCGCUUACAAGAACAGUCCCAAUCAAGACCACAGCAUCCCAACAAUUCGUCCGAGCGUUCUGAGGGCCGUCGUGGCAGUGAGGAGCCUCCCCAUCGAACGCCUAAAGAAGGGCGCACCAUGGUUAUGGGAGAAGAAGCGGGACAGAGUGCAGCCACGGUGGCGGCGACGGAAAAGAGCAAGGAAGAAAUGGAGACAACCAUUUCUCCUACGCGGGCUAAAUUUCUCCGCGGCCAUGAAUCGGAAGUAUUUAUCUGCGCAUGGAAUCCUAAGAUGGAUUUAUUAGCGUCGGGAUCCGGUGACAGUACAGCGCGUAUUUGGGAUUUGGUGAAUCCAAAUGAUCCUGCGAAAAGCGUCACGCUGUGGCACGCUGAGCGGAAACCUAAUGCGCAGCAAAUUGAAACACAGAAAGGUGUUCAUGACGUGACUUCGUUAGACUGGAAUAAGGAAGGCCAGUGUUUAUGUACAGGAUCGUAUGAUGGUUUUGCGAGGAUAUGGACUAACAACGGAGAACUGAAAAGCACAUUAGGUGCCCAUAAGGGGCCCAUAUUUGCUUUAAAAUGGAAUAAAACCGGAUCGCACAUUUUGAGCGCGGGUGUUGAUAAAACCACCAUUAUUUGGAAUGCAGCGGAAGGCAAAAAGGAGCAGCAGUUCGCCUUCCAUAAUGCUCCGGCGCUGGAUGUCGAUUGGAAAGACGAUAAGACGUUCGCAUCGUGUUCUACGGACCAGUGCAUCUAUGUUUGUCGACUCAACAACGACAAGCCACUAAAAGCAUUCCGUGGCCAUGUCAACGAAGUAAACGCUAUUAAAUGGGAUCCUCAGGGUCGCUUAUUGGCAUCUUGCAGCGAUGACCAGACCCUGAAACUGUGGAGUAUGGAUAGUGCUAACGCAAUUCAUGAUCUGCAAGCCCACAGAAAGGAGAUUUAUACUAUUAAGUGGAGUCCAUCCGGACCUGGAACGGAGAAUCCCAACUGCAACGUUAUGCUAGCUAGCGCAUCGUUCGAUACGACUAUUCGCAUCUGGGACGUGGAGCAGGGUAUUUGCAUCCAUACGCUAAGCAGACAUUCCGAUCCUGUUUAUAGCGUUGCAUUCAGUCCCGAUGCGCGCUUGCUGGCUUCGGGAUCUUUCGAUAAGCAUAUUUAUGUUUGGUCGACGCAAACCGGUGCACUGGUUCAGCAGUAUACUAGUACGGGUGGAAUCUUCGAAGUAUGUUGGAAUCAUCGGGGCGACAAGUUGGCUGCCAGUGGAUCGGACGGUUCGGUUGUUGUCCUUGAUAUGCGGAAGAUGUAACGCGACAGUAAUUUGCCCUUACAGCAACUUGGUUAUUAUGUCUCUAGGUCGAAGCCUUAGUUUCUCCCCAAUUUUUAUACUUUAUUCUUUUAUAUGUGGAUUUUCGUAUACCAUUGUGCAUUUGCUGUCUGGGGGUUAAGGGUUGUAUUAUCGGUGUAGAUGUUAAGUUAGUUAUAAGUCUAUAAUUUUGCGUUUUGAGUUGUUGACUGUUUCAGUCUUUUUUCCAUUUUUAUUUCGUUUGUCCGGCAGCAAAUUGUGCAGACCCGUUUGGCAUUUGGCUGGCAGAUACGGUACAAGUCAGUGUAAACGCAGCAUUGUGUUGCCACCUUUUAAAUGUUUUUCUUUAAUAUAAAUGCAUACAUGGUAUUUGCGUGAAAGGUUGAAAAGUCAGCAUGAUCGAAAAAGAACGCUUGAAAUGAGCUACGUAUAGCAUAAAAUGGUUUGAGUGGA